AUGCUUAGCACAAUUCGCCGAUUCGGCGUCCCCAGUGCGUUGCGCGCAUCUGCGCCUCGUUCCAUCUCAGCACGAUACGUUGCUCAGCUGCCGAAAUGGCAAGCUCCUGCAACUCUGUCAUCUCUGCCUGCCAUCAGAUCGUUGCACUCUUCUGGCGCUCUCUUCUCCGCUGAAGCCGCACAGGCUGUUGCGGAACAGACUGAGCCCCGUCGUAUCACCGAAUUCGCUGACCUGGGCGCCGAAGGCAUCGUCAACCAGUCUAUCAUCAAGAACAUCAUCCAGCCGGACCGGAUGAACAUCAAGACCAUGACCGAUGUCCAAUCGCUCACUCUGAAUGAGAUUGUCAAGGGCAGUGAUGUCCUCGCCCAGGCCAAGACUGGAACCGGAAAGACUCUGGCCUUCCUUGUUCCUACUCUCCAGAACAUCUUGAAUGAUCCUACAAUUGAUCUGAAGGCCCUGGCUCGUCGCAGCAGAUCCAGUCCUUCCGAAAUCCGUGCCCUCAUCAUCUCACCUACCCGCGAGCUCGCAGAGCAAAUCGCUGUUGAGGCUAGGAAGGUCGCGUUUGGUACCGGUGUCCUCGUGCAGACUGCUGUUGGUGGUACCGCCAAGCGCGCUGGUCUGCAAAAGAUUCAGAACGAGGGUUGCCACUUGCUUAUCGGCACCCCGGGUCGUCUCAAGGAUAUCUUGUCUGACCCUUGGACUGGCGUCGCUGCUCCCAAGCUGAACACUCUGAUCCUGGAUGAGGCUGACCGCCUCUUGGAUCAAGGAUUCUCCGCCGAUAUCGAGGAGAUUCAAACGCUGCUUCCCAAGCCUAGCGAAGUGGACCGCCAGACGCUCAUGUUCUCUGCCACCGUCCCCAGGGAGGUCAUGCAGAUGGUCCACCACACCCUGAAGCCCGGUUUCCAGCACAUUAACACCGUGCGCGAGGAUGAGGUCCCUACCCACGAGCGUGUUCCCCAGAAGCUGGUAUACAUCCGCGGUCUCGAGAACGGACUUCCUGCCGUUAUGGACCUUGCUAAGAGCUGGCAAAACCGCCGGGAUGAUGGCGAGGAGCUGCGUCCCUUCAAGGCUAUCGUCUACUUCAACUCCACCGCUGAAACCAAGAUCUCGGCCGAUGUUUUCCACAACAUCCGCCGCACCCGUGAAUUCCGCGACUCCAACCUCUCCAACCUGACGAUGCUUGAAAUCAACUCUCGUCUCACUCAGCAGGCCCGUACCCGCAGCGCAGACACCUUCCGCAGGGCCCGCGAGGGUAUCCUGUUCUCCUCUGACGUUACUGCCCGUGGUAUGGAUUUCCCCGACGUGACCCACGUCGUGCAAGUCGGUGUUCCCCGCGACCGUGAGACCUACAUUCACCGUAUCGGUCGUACCGGCCGUGCCGGUAAGGAGGGUGAAGGAUGGUUGUUCGUGCACCAGGGUGAGCGUGAUAUGCUACGCAAGCGCCUCCGCAACCUUCCCCUCGCUAUCGAUACCACCACCCUGCCCUCCGCUGCUGCCGAUAUGACCAAUGUCUCCGAGAGCUCUCCUGCCGCUGAAACAAUCACCCAGUUCAAGGAGGCCUUCGAGCAGGUUGACACCGGUGCCAAGGUCGCCUCAUACAUGGGCCAGCUUGGAACUGCCACUGGAAACUUCGGUGACAAGCGGGAUGCUAUCCAGGCCCUGAACAACAUGUACGUCAAGGGUUACGGUAUGCCCAGCCCUCCUGAGAUCAACCCUCGUGUGGCGCAGCUCAUGGGCCUCAACCGUAUUGAGGGUGUCAGAGUCGGCACCGGCUCUCGAGCCCCCCGUGAUGGCCAAGGCUUCGGCGACCGUGGUGACCGUGGCGGCUUUGGCGGCUUCUCUCGUGACCGUGGUGACCGUGGUGGAUUCUCUCGUGGUGACCGUGGUGACCGUGGCGGUUUCUCCCGCGGUGAUCGCGGCGACCGCGGUGGCUUCUCCCGUGGUGACCGUGGUGGAUUCUCUCGUGGUGACCGUGGUGACCGUGGCGGCUUCUCUCGUGGCCCUCGCCGUGCUCUCGACGGAGACUUUGGCGACUCUUUCCGCUUCUAA